AUGUGGCGACCGGAGUCGCAGCCCGGCCCCGGCUCGCCGGGCUGCCCUGACCUGCUGCAGCACGUCCCGGCGCUGUGCUCGCCGGUCACCCCGCUGUACCUCAGCUUCUUCGAGGAGGAGUGUCGCGCCAUCGUCACCCAGCUGCGCCGCGGGGCGGCCGCGGAGCCCUCCCCGGGCCCGGGUGAGCUCAGCGGGCUGCAGCCCAAGCCCCCCGGGCCCGCCACCUCCACGCCGCUGCCCUUACCGAGCCACGGGCGGCUCCCCGACUCGAGCGCGGGCGAUUGCAAGGCCGCUGCUGCCCCUGGCCCGGCCCCGGCCCCGGGGGAGCCCGGGUCCCUCCCGCAGCCCGCGGCCGGCGGUGGCCCCGGCGCCCGCCCCGCUCGCAAGCCCGCUGUGUCCCGGCGGGCGCGGCGCGGCCCCGAGCUGCCCUCGGGCGGCGGCCCCGGCACUCCUGCCCGCUCCCCGGCGCCCGCCCCGCUCGCACGCUCCGCGGCCCCGGGCUCCAGGCUCGCUCUGCCCCGCGCACGGGCCUCGCUGGGGCUGCAGCUCCCCGCGGCCGGCACGGGGCGCGGCGCCUGGGAAACGCGGCUCCUGCGGCCCCCAGGGACCAGACUGAAGCUCGCCUCGCCUGCCAGGUCCAGGCUUCCACGUGCCAGCGGGGCUUCGCAGCAGGCACAGCCUUCCAGCCUUCCCAGACUCGCCCCCCGGGCCAGAGCGGUGAAAAGUAAUUCUGCACCUGCCAGAUGCCUCACGCGAAGCAGGGAAGCACCUGCUGCCAAGGUUGGGAGUUGUAAACAGCCCUCUUCAAAGCUUUCUACAGGAAUUCCUACUGUGGCUUCCCGCUCCUCACUGCGGCCUCCGGAAAAAGUGAUUUCGUUCAAGCGUUUCGGCCUCAAUAGAGGUAGAAAUGACCAGACAUGGGAGUAUGAGAAGUCCUCUUUGUCCAGUGAGCUGGCCCCUGGCCUGACUUCAGGGGGUGAAGAUGCAUUUCCUGCUGAGCAGUCUGCAGGUGAUCAGCUGUCCCAGGAACUGGAGCGUGUGAAGAAAGAGCUGGAGCAUGUGAAGAAAGUGCUGGAACGAGUGAAGGGCGAGCUUGCUGACAAGACUGCUCAGUGUGAAGCCUAUGAGCAGACAAUCAGAGCAGCAGGAAUCUGUCUCAAAGAUGCAGCAGUGUUGGACAGUGGUGACCUGGGGAGAGACUGACAGCUGGGACACGGGACAGACAACAGUGUCCAGCUGUGUGCGCCCCUGGGCCAGUGAUAUAUGUAGAGCUCUUAAAUUAAUUAAUUUUUUAAUUCCUUGUAUGUAAAAUAAAGGUGUCUUUUGCAGUGGU